AUGGAAAUUGCCUCCUUAGAAAACCAAACUAUUGCUGAAUUUGUCCUCCUUGGCUUCUAUGACAUCCCUGAGCUGCAUUUCCUUUUCUUUAUUGUGUUCACUGUUGUCUACGCCUUCAUUGUCAUAGGGAAUAUGCUGAUCAUUGUGGUGGUGAUUAGCUCCCAGAGGCUGCACACGCCCAUGUACUUCUUUCUGGCUAAUCUGUCCUUCCUGGAGAUCCUUUAUACAUCCACAGUGGUGCCAAAAAUGCUGGAGGGCUUCCUGCAGGUGGCAGCCAUCUCUGUGACUGGUUGCUUGACCCAGUUCUUCAUCUUUGGUUCUCUAGCCACAGCAGAAUGCUUCCUACUGGCUGUUAUGGCAUAUGAUUGCUUCUUGGCAAUCUGCUACCCACUUCGCUAUCCACUCCUGAUGGGGCCUAGAUGGUGCAUGGGGCUGGUGGUCACAGCCUGGCUGUCUGGCUUCAUGGUAGAUGGAUUGGUUGUGGUCCUGAUGGCCCAGCUGAGGUUCUGUGGCUCCAACCGCAUAGAUCACUUUUACUGUGACUUCAUGCUUUUGGUGGUCCUGGCUUGCUCAGAUCCCAGAGUAGCCCAGGUGACAACGUUUGUUCUCUCUGUAGUCUUCCUCACUGUUCCAUUUGGACUGAUUCUGACAUCCUAUGCUCGCAUCGUGGUGACUGUGCUGAGAGUUCCUGCUGGGGCCAGCAGGAGAAAGGCUUUUUCCACAUGCUCCUCCCACCUUGCUGUAGUGUCCACCUUCUAUGGAACUCUCAUGGUCUUGUACAUCGCGCCCUCGGCUGUCCACUCCCAGCUCCUCUCCAAGGUCUUUGCCUUGCUCUAUACUGUGGUCACUCCCAUCUUCAAUCCUGUCAUCUACACCCUCAGGAACAAGGAGGUUCAUCAGGCACUACAAAGGCUUCUUCAAGUUAAAAAAAUGGAAACGGUUGAAGAAAGAGGGUAG